UAGUGGAUUUUAUUCUACAUCUCGUAUGCCUGCCAAUCGUAAGAUUGAAAUCUCCCCACGUGGAGGAGACGGAGCUCAUUAAUGUCAAAAAGGGCAUUCAGACCCUCGUAUAUAUUGUUAUCGUUUGACAAUUACAAUUCGAUUGUUCAUAAUCGUCGCGAAAUGUUGCGCGUCGCUACGAAACGAGUACAGAAUAUAGCGCUUGCCGCUUCGCGGACGUUCAGCGCACAGGCUUCGAGCGCCGGGCAAUCCACGGUGAACACCGACGUGCCGGGCCUCAGCGAGAAUGUUGUCAAAGUACCAAACACACCCGUAGGGCCCAACGCCUCCAAGGACACGGAAUACAAGAAUCCCGAGUACUUUCGUUAUCACGUGGACUCGUUUGGGGAGGCCGAGGUGGAAUUGGCCAAGUACAGACUGCCGGUACCAUCCAAUAAGAGACCGUUCAAUAGAUAAACGAUAGAGCGAAGAACAGUAGGGAUAAGUGACGUAACAAGUUUAACGAGUUAACAAAGUGUACAAAGGAGAGAUGGCAAUGAUGAGCCGGGGUGUUGAAAGCUGCGUUGUUAUUUAACAGAAAUAUGUCCAAUAUAUUAUUUAUCCGCGUGAGACCUCUAGUUGUUUUCUUCAUUUUAUCCUCGAAAACGGAAAUUUCAUUGAUUGUUGUAAUCCGUCGCUUGUAAAACAACAUAAAAUAAACAGCUGUCACGUCUCAGUACCUCAGAA